GUGCAGAUUUUCACCAAAGUGUUAUCAUUUACUUCGUAUCCAACAAACAAACUACUUAUUUGAUAAACAAUGCGCACCAUUUGGACGCUAUUCAUAUGCAGCUUGUGGCUCUGUCACUACGCCAGCGAAGCUACACCAGCUGGAGCUUCGGAUGUCGGGCCUGCUGCAGUCCUGACGGCUAGUGGAGCAGAAGGCGCUGUAGAUCUGCCUAAUACCAACACCAACACCAACACUAACUCCGACGAUGGCACUGACAACGACGAUUCCUGGUUCAACUAUGAUGGCCGCAUCAUCGGCGGUCUGCCCACCUCCAUACGCAACUUCCCCUACCAGGUGUCGCUGCAGUACAAAGGCCAGCAUAUUUGUGGCGGCGCCAUAGUACGACCGAACGUUAUCAUCACCGCCGCACAUUGCGUCGACCAAACGAUGAAGGUGAGUUCGUUUAAGGUACGUGCCGGCUCCUCACAACACGCUUAUGGUGGUCAAUUGCGUGCCGUGCAGCGUAUACUCCGUCAUGAAGGUUACUCCUCAGCCACGUAUAAUCUGGAUGUGGCGCUGUUGCAGCUCGAACGCGAUCUCGUCUAUACACAAGCGGUGCAACCGGUUGUAUUGGCCUCGCGGAAUGCUGUAUUGUCCGCGCAAGCGAAACUCUUUGUUAGCGGUUGGGGUCUCACCAGCGAGACGGGUUACGUGUCGGCGAUGUUGAAUUACGUGGACGUACAAUUGAUACGACAGGAGACUUGCGAGCAGAAUUAUAAAUAUGUGGUGCCUAUAACGACUGAAAUGUUCUGCGCUGGCUAUAGUGCGGGUGGUAAGGACUCGUGUCAGGGUGAUUCGGGUGGUCCGCUGGUCAGUUACUAUCAUGGUGCAGCCACAUUGUAUGGCAUUGUGUCGUGGGGUGUGGGCUGCGCACAAAAGGAAUAUCCGGGUGUUUACGCGAAGGUGGCGGCGUUGAGACCGUGGAUUGAUGCGCAGCUGGUGGACAUUGCGAAACGUAGCGGAAAACUGUACUGAGGGAGUGUUCUAUUUAAAUUGUACUUUGUAAAUAGCUGUAAUAGAAGUUUAAUUUAAGGAAAUAUAUCAAGGUAUUAUGUUUAAAAUAGGUGAAUUUUUGACUUUAGCGAUAUUUAUAAUUCUAAUGGAAAGAGUCUUCUUUGUUGGUGGUAUCCGUAAUCCUUCUUCUCUAAGCGCAUUGCUACUAAUUGGCUGAUGAUUCUCCUGUACGAAAUUCAUACCCCCGAGUCUAUCUUUAAUAAAGCCAUUUGAAUAUGACUAAGCUAGGAAGUAACUUUUUUGUAAAUAUAAAUCAAAACCAGACCGAGACCUAUAGCU